AUGACAGACCUCUAUAGGUCAAUCUCGGAACUGGAACAACGGCACAAACGAUCUCGCCUACUGGAGACAUACGGGGAACUGACGCAGGCAAGGAGACGACUGAAGGACCUCCUUACGAAGCGACACCUAAGAUCUCUACAGUACUCCAAGGGGUUCUUCUAUGCCCACGCUAAUAAAGGGGGGAAAUAUCUAGCACGCCUUCUGAAAGGCAACACCCCUCGCACACAGGUCCGCAGCAUAACCCUCACAUCAGGCGCCACGACGAUCUUUCCAAACGAGAUCGCAGAAGAGUUUAGGAAAUACUACCACUCACUGUAUAAUAUUCAUGCUCACGACGGUCCCAACAAUCAAGAUGCAGAGGACGCCCGGAUACGAAACUACCUACAAGAAUCCAUCACGAGAACUAUCGCUCCAGAUGUGGCGGAGACGCUGGACAACCUAAUUUCCGAGGAGGAACUCUCAGCGGCCCUGAAGUCAUCCAAGGCGGGUAAAGCUCCGGGGCCGGAUGGCUUUUCAGUUGGGUAG